CCUCUAUUUCCGCGAAGCAUAAAUAUAUUUUAAAUGGCUAUUCCUAGCAACUUUAUAAAGAGGGGCUAUAUUUCUAAAAGUGGCUAUACUUGUAAUUACAUUUACUACGUUUUUUUUCUUUUUCUUUAGAAAUUUGUUUGAUUAUUUUCAAUUGUCAUAUAGACUUUUUCUCUUAGAACAAUUGAAGAAGAAAGCAAGCAAGAAUGGGUGGUGGAGUUCAAGCAAUGAAGAGAAUCCCACGCAUCAAGUUCCCACAAAGGCACUCUAAGCCUUCUGGUUCGACAUCCCAGAAUUCCCAACAUCAGAAAACUCCAGCGGCUGAAGAAGCUCCUCGAACAUUUUUCUCAAGGUCCCAAUCUACCACGUCUGUUGCAGGAAAGGCUUCCGACCAACCCAAACGAACACCAGUUACUCAGGACGAAAUUGAAUCCAUUUUGUUGGGUGGCUGCAUCUGACUUCAUUACAUUCAGAGAGAAGACACGGUUCAUGACUUCGCGCUUAUGUCUACUUUUUCGUGUUUAUGUUUUAACUGUUGUGUCACUUGUUGGAACCAGUGACUGCAACCGAUGUUUCUGACUAGUGAUUGUUAAUAAUUCGUUAUGCAUGGAAUGGUUAUCGCGACCUGGAUUUGGCGAACUAUCUCAUAAAUCGAUAGACUUUGUUCUUUGGUA